UUUCUGGUACAAGUGGAAAGAAUUAAUUUAGCUAUCUAUGUCACUAAAAUACAUUUGUCUUUUCGGACACAUAUCCGUUUAAAACUUCAAAGUUAAACAUGCUUGAGCUGGAGUAGUAGAAAGAUGGAUGAUCUAUCUAGAAGUGAUUUUCCAUAUCGUGCGAGUGAAACCAAAACACAGAGAAAAAUCAUGUUGUGAUUGUAUGGUUAGUAAACAUGAAUUUCGAGUUUCCGAAAAAUUAACACACGGCCUGUCGCCUGGGAUGGGGACCACGGCCGAGUGAGUGGGCGUGGAUGGUCCAUUAGCCAUGAACAGUCAGGACUUUAUAGUUUGAUUACAAAGAAACUUGAUAUCUGGAUUGUUUAAAAAGCAUUUCGGAUCCUAGAGACUAAGACAAGGCCCAAAAAUCAAAGAAUCUAACCUAACCAUUAUUAAGGACUACAAUUUAUAAUUUAAUUGAAGAAACAAACAACAACAAUAUAGUUCAUAGGUCCAAAACUCUUCUUAUACCACAAGGAAAACUUGACGACAAGGAAAAUACCAUUUAGAAAAUAUUUUCCAAAGACAAAUCCGAUAAAUGACAAUGGAGGAGGCAUGCAAGACUAAUACAUGUGCUAGAUGAGAGAUCUUCGUUGAAAUAGAAACAAUAAAAUCACACAGGUGAGCACUUAAAGAACGCAAAGGAGCUGAUGCUAGCUGUGAGCAUGGAAAGAUCAUAGUCAAGCGCAUGCAGUAGUUUACUCCCGAAUCCGGCCACGCGACAAAGGAAAACCUCAAAGGAUAAGAAGAGGCCCCAAUGAAGCCAAAAGAAUGACCCGAAAUUUUAAGAAAGGAGUUGAUAAAUAUUAAAAAUAUAUUAAAAUAUAUAUCUAACAUUUAAAUUUUCAUCGAUUUGAAUUUUCAAAUUGGAAGUUCAUCUCUAGUAAUAUUAAAAAUAUAUAUCUAACAUUUUCAUUAGUACAGAAAUUUUUUAACACAUGAACAGACAAUGAAUAUACAUAGAACCUAUGAAGACUUAGACCAACUCCAUCAAUGGGUUCCUAUAGAGUUCUAAACCCAAAAGCUGGAAAAAAAUAAAUCAAAAAGGCCCAAAAUUAGGAGAAUCGGUGCCAAAUUCGGGUUUUUUAGAAUUGGUAAGAGGCGCCUACGUGGCACUCCCUCAUUGCACCGCUUCUGUUUUGUCUCUCUUUCCUUUGGUUGGGGUUUCGAUGAAACCAAAUACAAUCUCGUCUCUUGGAGUCUCCGUCUCGCUCUGAAGCAAUCUUCUGUCGCACCGCUCCGUUUCGCAAACUCCGGCGACUCCGUCGGCCCAUCUUCUCCAUCGUCUCUCUGGCUCCGUCCUCUCUCUCGGUCCUAGUCGUCUGUCUCACCGCGUCCUCUCUCUCGCUCCUAGUCGUCGGCCCAUCUUCUCCGUCGUCUCUCUCGAUGACUCCGUCGUCUGUCUCAUUCCGUUGUCUCCCUGAAGCCGUGGUCUCUGUCGAUGACUCCGUCGUCUGUCUCACCCCUUCUUCUCGGUCGGUUCAUCUUCUCUGUGAGACCGUCGCCUCUCUCGCUCCGUCGUCUCUCUCGCUCCAUCGUCUUUCUCGCUCGGUCUUCUCUCUCGAUCCCGAGUGUAAGUGCCUCUCUUCUUCUCUAUCUCUCGCUCGUUUUUUUUUUUAAAUUGUUGUGAUCUCAUUGUUUUGUCGAGAAAGGUGGAAUCUUUUUGAGAUGUGUUUUACAAUCUUAGAUCAGGUUAAUGUUUUAGAAUCUUGUUUGUGUUCGAUCCUUGUUUAUGUUCUUGAGAUAGAUGAAUGUGAUCUGAUUGUCUUCUGCCUCGUAAUUGGAAUAGCUUUACCUCUGAUUGGAAUGUUGUUACAUCGGAUCAUUCAUAUGGAAUAGUUUACAUUGGUUCAAACAUGAUUCAUGAAUCAUGAUUCAUAGAUGUUGCUCUGUUUUUAGUACUCGAUGCUUAGAUUUUACUCAAUUGUACUCAUACGUUUUGCUCUAUUCUGUCUUUGGUGGUUGUGUAAGGAUCGGUGUUGUGUGGAAGAGGCAAUGGAGUGUUUCAUUCAUUCCGGAACCCACGCGAGUCUCUCAGAAGGAUUCAACCUCAUCAAAGCCCGAGGUUUCAAACACAGUAGCGAGCACUUCUCUGCUUGGUGGUUCUACGAGGCUGUUCUCAAGCUACUAUAGCUUCGGGUUAGGUCAUCUCAAGCUACUCAACAAAGGAGGCUCUCGUCUAAGGGCAUGUAGAGUGAAAUGGGAAGACAAUAACCACAGCACAGACAAUAACCAAACGGGAAGACAACAACGAGGAGGUGAAACAGAGAAGACUAAUGAAGCCAAGACUCACUCAGUCUCGUGACUUGCUUUCGUGACAUAAAGCUUCGAAAUAGAGAAAAAGCCAAGACUUCACUCAGUCUCAUGACUUCACUCAGCAAACAUGUGACAACAAAAAGACAAAAGCAUGUAAUAGAAGAAGUUGUGUGUUUCUUUAUAAACCUUGCCGUGUUAUUAAUAGAUUAGUUCUUCAUAAACCUCUUCUCUCUUACAAUUUCUCUUCUCUCUUUAUAAACCUUGCCGUGUUGUGUGUUUCUU